UGUUUCGGUGAUGGCCCCCCAUAGCAGUCGUGGAAAUGGCUCUGGAAGGCGAAGCCUGGGAGAGGGAGCUGCGAGAACAAUUUUCCUUGUUGUCCAGCUGCACGUCUGAUGCUCAAGAAGACCGUGAACAUGCUGAAGCCGGUGCACAGCUGCAGAAUCAUAGCGGCGAAAACAAGGGAUUCUUACAUUUAAGCGAAGAGGUUCUCAUUCUAAUCUUUAAACGGCUAGACGCAUUCUCCUUGCUCAGGGUUGGGAGCACAUGCAGGACCUUUUUCCGAGUUUGUUCUUGCAACUCCCUGUGGAAACGACACUUCCAGGCGUCCUUCGGAGUUCAAUUUUCCACAGCCACGUGCUUAGCCACGGCCAAAGUUUGCUUCCGACUGCUUUUUAUGUGGAGGACUCUCUACAGAAGUCUGCACUGCAACAGGUCACUUCAGGAGAAGCUUUUUGCGGAGAUCCCGCUGCCCCCUCACAAGUACUGGACUCAGUGGUUGGUGCUGGAAGAAAACGUACCUCUGCCGUCUGUCACGCUGCCAAGCAGUGAGAUCUUAAUGUUGUGGGGAUUAGAAGAGGCCGUUUUAGAGGGGAAAAACCAAGAGAACGAGGAUGAAGGCGAUGUUUUUAAGUUUGAAUGGAAAGACUUGUACAGGAGGGCCCUCGAGCAUCACGGCAGCGAAGCGGAGAUGUACCAGUACGUUCUCAACCGGCAUGCUGUGAACGACCACACUGAGCUGGAGGCCCUUUACCACCAGUACAGUCAGUGCCGUUUCCAGUGGCUCUUCACCUAUUGGCUGUUCCGCCAGCCCGCCCCCUUCGACCGCCAGCUGCGCUGGGUCUACCUGCAGUGGCGCAAGCACAGCAAGAGGAAGGUGGCGUCCUGGGGCGGGACCCUGUGCGACGUCCGCUACCUGGCCACGCUGCACCCGGUCACCAGCGACUACUGGCGCGGAAAACUGGCGAGGGGCGACGAGACCGUGGGAAUUCAGACGGUGGAGAACUACUUCUCCAUGUGCAAAUCCCUGGUGUCCUGGAUUUUGGGCCGUGACUGGGGCAGACUGAAACGCAGGAAGGUGUAUGAGGACACCCUGGAUGGGGUGUACAGGCUGCUGAAGAGGGACAUGCAGAACGUACUGAUCGAGCGCGGCACCUUCUGGCAGGUCGCCAAGGUCCAAAUGGCGCGGGUGUGCGCGCUGGAGGAAGCGGCCACGAACUACGUCAACUGGAGGAUCAUCGAGACGCUGCCCUAUUACAGGCUCUACCUGGUGUCGGGAAAUGUGGUCUACCUGGAGCACGUGAAAGGGUUCCUGCAUCGGAAGAGGCUCGUCCACAGCUGGAUCUACCAGGAGGAGAACGCCUUGGUCAGACACCUGCUGUCAGACGAGCUGUACUCGCUGCUGGAGUACGACACCAAGAUUACCCAAGAGUGCCUUCACGGAGACUCGGCGGUGGCCCAGCUGGGCCGCACGGUCUGGCUGUACCUGCACUCGGGCCAGCAGCCCUACAUGGAGGCGGUGAAGGGGCUGGUGCUGCGUUGUGCUCAGGCCAGCCUGGACUACCGCACCUCCCACACGGUCCCCGGCUGGUGCGCUCAGUCGGUCAGCUGAGGUUCCAGCCUGGGCCCAAAACCAUGACACCCCAACCCUCUCCGCCCUUUAGCCUGGUGUGCAAAAUGCACAGUGCAAAAUUUGGGGGUAGGACCUGCACCCUGUCCCAGGGCUUUUUAAUGUAGAGUCUGGCCACCCAGAUAUACCCAAUGUGGAUUUUUAUUUUUUAUUUUUGGAUUAUUUAUUAUUUUUUAAAAGGGAAUUUGCCUCCCUUUUUGAUGUCAGCAGUGCAGAUGAUGCCGCUGUUCAUUUUGGAAGGAUUUUUAAAAACAGGUUUUUAAAGACGUUUUUAAGGUGUUUUUUAGCUUCUGUAUUGAUCAGGAAUGCAAUUUAUAUUGAAUUGUGGGAUUUUUAAGGUGAGUUCACUUCCCUUUUUGACGUCAACAGCAGAGAUCACACUGCUGUUCAUUUUGAAAGGAUUUUUUUGAAGUGAGCUUUUAAAGCCAUUUUUAAGGUGUUCGCUUUUUGUAUUGAUCAGGACUUCAAUUCACAUUGAAUUGUGGGAGUGCUAGUUGAGACUUGACAGAAUGGGCAUCUUGUUUGACCCACGAUGCAUGCAUUGUAAAUAUUACCGUUAAUCUGAAACCUCUUUGAAAGGCAUUUGUGUAUAUUGGCUUGAUCAAAUGUGUUCUCUGUUUGUAUGUAAAUACUGAGCAAACUGCUCUGCAUACAUUAGAUGUAAAUCCGACUCUGCAGCAACAUUUCACAUAGAUUAGGGCAUGGAAUGCUGCCAGAAUGCUGUCAAUAACAUUUAAGCAAUUCAUAAUGACUUUGCAUCACCCUUUCCAUUUAGCAUUCCUCGAAAGUGGAUGUGAAAGUCAGUCAUUAGCA